AUGGUGAAUCCCGACAAGAUCUUCACCCUUGAGGGGAAGGCCUUGAAGCUGGACACAGCGGAGGACCUUGAUGCGCACAUCGCUGCCCUCAUUGCUAUGGAUGAUGUCGAGGAGGUCAGAAUCUUGGGGAACACUCUGGGCAUUGGUGCAUGCAAACGUUUGGGUGAAGUGCUCUCCACCAAGAAGAAGCUGCAGGUUGCCAACCUUGCCGACAUCUUCACUGGUCGCCUGCUCAACGAGAUCCCCGAAGCGCUCACUCACCUACUCACACAAAUCACGAACCUUCCAAAUCUCAACACCGUCAACCUGAACGACAAUGCUUUCGGUAUCAACACCUACAAGCCCGUCGCCGACUUCCUAUCUUCCCACGUUCCCCUCCAGCACCUAUACCUAAACAACAACGGUCUCGGCCCCGAAGCAGGCAUGUACAUCGCCGAUGCACUUUCAGAGCUUUACGACAAGAAGGAGCAGGCCCGCAAGGAGGGUCGUACAGACGUCCCCGACCUCGAGACUGUCAUUUGCGGCCGCAACCGACUGGAGAACGGCAGCAUGAAGGCCUGGGCAAAGGCUUUCAGCAAGCAUGACAAGCUCAAGGAGAUCAAGAUGGUACAGAACGGCAUCAGGCAGGAGGGCAUCACGCACCUGCUGACGGAGGGUCUGAGCAAUACUUUGGCGAUCCAGGUGCUGGAUCUUCAGGACAACACCUUCACCAUCACAGGAGCGACUGCGCUGGCCAAGAUCGCGCCGACAUGGGUGGACCUGCGUGAGCUUGGAGUUAGCGAUUCGUACCUAGGUGCCAAGGGCGGGCGGCUGCUCAGCCGAGCGCUGGCCAAGGGGAAGAAUGACAAGCUUGAGACGCUCAGGAUGCAAUACAACGACCUGAACGCGCGCACGCUUAAGAGCUUUGCCGACACUGUCAAGGACGGCCUACCAGCACUCAAGAAGAUUGAAAUCAAUGGCAACAAGCUCUCCGAGGAAGAUGUCAGCAUCGCAGCGCUUCAGGAGCUUCUCGAGGCACGCAAGGAGAAGGCUGGCGGUGCCGUGUUGAUCGAGGAGGAGUGGGGUGUGGACUCGCUCAGUGACCUGGAGGAUGAUUCGGACGAGGAGGAGGAGGAGGAAUCUGAGGAGGAGGCGGAAACGGAGGAGGAGAUCAAGAAGACGCUGGACAAGGACGAGAAGGAGGCCAAAGAGCCCGCUACUAUCAAGGACGUUGCCAGCAAGGAUGUGGAUGAGAUUACGCAGAAGCUGCGCCAGACGGGCAUCUGA